CCGUCAGACUACCACGCGUUGCGCAGCGUCCUCCAUCUCUCUGCUCUCAAACAUGAUCUAGAACGCCUGCAUGCACGUUCAAGCCCGACAUAACGCAGGUGCGAGGUUGAGAUGGUGAUGGUCAGAAGGAAUGACAGCGACGAUCGAGACCUUGUUCUCUAACCACCACCAUCCUCUUCGUCCUGACGAUUUAUGUAGACAUUGGAUGCAUUUUUUUCUUGGUUUUAUUAUUGCUUUCCUGGCGAGUCCGGUGCUCGCUGGUAUCCACGAGGUAUGGUGGAAUAUUACCUACGUCCAUGGAGUCAAUCCCGAUGGGCGUUAUCCUCGUCGUGUCGUUGGAGUGAAUGGGACUUGGCCGCCACCACCGAUAGACGUCGAGCCGACUGAUUCGCUCAUUUUGCAUGCGACUAACUCUUUGGACCGGGCUACGACUCUUCACCAUCAUGGGAUGCUCUUCAACUCGACGCCGUGGAUGGAUGGGGCUUAUGGGCUUUCAGAAUGUGGUAUUCCGCCUGGUGGACACUUCGACUACGUAGUGCCUAUCAAUGCUUCUGGACAAUCUGGCACAUUUUGGGUACACGGCCAUGCCAAUGGCCAAUAUGUCGAUGGUUUACGCGCUCCAGCAGUGAUACAACCACGUCAACAUGUCUACAUUUACGAUGAAGAGUACACCGUCAUUCUGAGCGACUGGUAUCACAAGGAACACUCGGUUCUUAUGAAAAAGUUCCUUACCAUUCGAAAUCCUGAUGGUGUCGAACCUGUACCGGAUUCGGCGCUGAUCUAUUUUUCCCAGAAAUCGUCCUAUCUUCGGGAUACGUCUGGUUCAGUUGCCUUCAAUAAAGAUGCAGCCUUACCGUUUGCACCCGGCAAGACAUAUCGCCUCCGGAUACUCAAUACAUCGGCGUUUGCAAUGUUCAUGUUCUGGAUAGACGGCCAUGACAUGCGAUUGAUAGAAGUGGAUGGCACUGAUAUUGAGGAGUCUCCCAUCGACCUUAUUAGUGUCAGCGCCGGACAGCGGUAUUCGGUGCUGAUCACUGCUAGAAAUGAUACCGGUUCAAAUUGGGCUGUCCAUGCCAACAUGGACACCGUAAUGUUUGACGAGAUACCAGAGAGAUUGAAACCCAACGUCACGGCCUCCAUCAGCUACUCUCCUUCGUCACCGCUAGUCGAUUUCGGAACAACCGACAAGUACACGAGUAUCGACGAUAUCUCGCUGGUCCCUUUGAAACCAAUUGCAGCCCCGGAUGCUUCCAGGACCAUUGAAGUUGAAGUAGGCUUUGAUGCUAUGACGGACGGGACAAACCGCGGCAUGUUCAACCAGAUAACAUACAAUCCACCUCUUGUACCGGCGUUGUUCAGCGAGCUUAGCCUAGGAUCCAACGCAUCGUCUGAGAGUGCUUACGGUCCGCUUAGUUUUGUGCUGGAACAUAUGGAGGUCAUAGACCUGGCCAUAAAGAAUGGCGACGACAAUAUGCAUCCUUUCCACAUGCACGGACACGUUCCAAUGCUGGUUGGACGCGCGGAAGAUUACACCUCCUCUGAUCCCGUUUUAAACCCACCCAUUGCCCGAGGUCAACUGAACCCCAUGCGCCGUGAUACCAUCGAUGUACCUGCAGGCGGUUCCGUGACUCUGCGCAUUGUCGCUGAUAAUCCAGGAGCGUGGAUUAUGCACUGUCAUAUUGAAUGGCACCUCGAGGCAGGGCUAGCUAUUCAGCUCAUUGAAGCGCCCUUGGUCGCACAGGAACGUGGUAUGGUCAUACCACAGGUGAUGCACGAUCACUGUCGGGCGCUAGGCAGGCCAUCGAGAGGUAAUGCUGCUGGACAUAAUUCCACCACUGACUUGAGUGGAUGGCCCCUGGGUCCAUAUCCAACGAAGGAGGCAAGGAAACAUCUGCGUAUAGGUGUUUUGGUUGGACUGGCAACCGUGGCUCUUCUCAGUCUCGGGACAUCAGUUUGGCGUAGACGAGCUUGGAAGAAAAAGUCCCGAGGUGCAUACGAGGAGUUGCCGACGUUUGAGUCUGAAGAUUGUAGUGCUGAAAUUGAAGAGAAGGUGAGGCGAAGAAGAAGCCGUUCUUUGCCUGCCAGUUGAUUUAUCAUUAUUUUGAUUUAAAGCAGAUUCUUUUGCACAAGGCCGAAGGGUUUUUUGAUAGAAAGUAGAGGAAUGUAUGAUUAGAGAGGCCUC